GAGAAGGUUCUGAAAUCGGACGUUUGUAUACAUGUAUAUAGUUUGCUUGAUGUACGCGCGAGUGUUAAAGUGACGGGAUAAAAUAGUAAUAGUAAUACGCGGUAAAGUUGGUUGUGAGAUGAAUUUUGUUGAGUUUCUAAGAUAGCGAAGAUAUCUAAAGUAACCCUUGGCAAUGGAUGGAUGACCAACAUUCGACAACUUACAACUACAACAGAAAUUGAACCUUCAACAUUACGACAUACGGCUCAAUUUCCACCGGCACAAUGGAGAAAACCAUACCUUCAGCUCCAUCUAUUCACAGUCUUUCGGACAACUACAGUUCAAAAAUCGAGCUAGCUUACAAUGGAUCUAAAGAGGACUUGGAGCCUUACAUACCUUCACAACAUAGACCCAUCGCUUCAAAUACAUCGAGUUUUGGCGCCCUAGCUCAUCUGCUCAAAGCAUCCCUCGGAUCAGGCGUGCUGGCGAUGCCUCUAGCAUUCAAGAAUGCAGGUCUGGCUGUAGGCAGCGUUGGUACUCUAAUCAUCGGCCUCAUUUGCUGUCAUGUUAUACAUGUUUUGGUAAAAACAUCACAAAAAUUAUGCGUAGAAGUAAGAAAACCGGCACUAGGGUACGCGGAUACAUGCGACCUGGUGUUUCAACAUGGACCCAAACCUGUGAGAAAAGUUGCUCCUUUUAUCAGGGAGCUGGCAGAUUGGGCACUUGCGGUAACGCAUAUGGGCGCGUGCUGUGUGUAUGUUGUGGUUAUAGCCGAGUCAUUUAGACAAGUGUCAAUGGUCUACGGCGGUCCCGAUUGGUCAGUCACAGUCUACUGCGCGCUUUCCCUAGUGGUACUCCUACCACUAACUCAGAUCACCAAGCUGAAGUACCUGGUACCAUUCUCAGCACUCGCCAACUUCGUGUGGCUGGGGUCUAUCUGUAUCUGCCUUUACUACUGCUUGAAGGAUCAUCCGAAGGUCUCUGAGAGGAAGCUGGCUACGUCCAUCAGUGGUAUUCCUACUUUUAUAAGCACGAGUCUCUUCGCAAUGGAAGGCAUCGGCGUGGUGAUGCCCAUUGAAAACGAGAUGAGGAAGCCGCAAGACUUUCUCGGCUGUCCAGGAGUUCUGAACGCGGCGUUCACUGUUAUAGCCGUCAUGUACGCCUUUGUGGGGUUCGUUGGGUAUCUGAGGUUCGGUGAUGAAGUUAGAGGCAGCUUGACGCUUAACUUGCCACAGGAAGAAGUUCUAGCACAAACAGCGAAGCUGCUGGUAGGCUGCGUGUUACUACUGUCCUUCACCCUAGUCUACUAUGUACCAAUUGACGUCAUCUGGAGGAGGGUGGAGCACAGAAUACCACUGAGUGGGCGCCGGUGGGGACUGGCUGGUGUCAGAUUUGUCGGCUGUUUGUUAUUAGUUGGCAUCGCAGCCGCAGUACCAAAACUAGAACUCUUCAUGGAGUUAGUAGGAGCUGUCUGUUUGUCCGUCAUGGGUCUUCUCCUCCCAGCUAUAGUUGAAACAGUAUUCCGAUGGAAUAGGGAUAUAGUGCCUUGUUCCUUCGUCGUAUGGAAGAACGUCAUCAUAGGAUUCUUCUCCAUCAUAGCAAUGUGUUCGGGAGUGACGUACGCUAUACUGGCGAUCGUCAAUACAAUGUGAUUUUUUUAAACUAAUUUAUUUUUUAAUUUAAAUUUUUCGAAGAUGUAAAUAUAUUUUUAUUAUAAGAUGCUUUGACUUU